CAUGGGCGAAGCCACACACCAUGGACAAAGUAGAUGGUGCCAAAUUUGCGAGAUCAUACCGUUUCCAUCAGAUUCUCGACUGAAACAAUUCCACUAGCCAAACACAACACAAAAACGAAGAAGAGGAGGGUCUGAGUAUGGCGAUGGCUGCUUCAUUUCUCCACCAACCCGUAUUUCCAAAGUACCCUUUCCUUCUUCACAAAUCCCAAUUCAUUUCUCGCCCCCAAAUUUCCUCUCUGCCCUUCCCCUCGAGAUUUCGAGCCAGCUCAGCAGUUGCUCUUGAACCGGAAUCAAGCCCUCAGCUGAAUAAUGAUAUGGAUUUUGACUUGUUUUCAUGUCCAGUAUGUUAUGAACCACUAAUCAGAAAAGGCCCUCCAGGUCUUAACUUGCCAGCAAUCUACAGGUCUGGUUUCAAAUGUAAGACUUGCAAUAAGUCAUAUUCCAGCAAAGACAUGUAUCUGGAUCUCACUAUUACUGCUGGGUCAAAGGCCUACAAUGAAGCUCAACCAGUUAGAACUGAGUUAUUCCGGAGUCCACUUGUUUCAUUUUUGUACGAAAGAGGCUGGCGUCAAAAUUUUAACCUGAGGGGUUUCCCUGGUCCUGAUGAGGAGUUCAAAAUGGCUCAAGAGUACUUUAAACCUGCAGCAGGUGGGCUUCUGGUAGAUGUCAGCUGUGGGAGUGGCUUGUUUUCUCGAAAAUUUGCAGAAUCUGGGACCUAUUCUGGAGUUGUUGCACUUGAUUUUUCCGAAAAUAUGCUUCGUCAAUGUUAUGAUUUCAUUAAGAAAGAUAACCCUAGUUUAACAACAAUGUGCAGUAAUCUUGCUCUUGUUAGAGCAGAUAUUUCUAGGCUUCCCUUUUCAUCAGGUUCAGUUGAUGCUGUUCAUGCCGGUGCAGCUUUACACUGUUGGCCAUCACCUUCUAAUGCAGUUGCUGAAAUCACUCGUAUAUUACGAAGUGGAGGUAUCUUUGUAGGAACUACUUUUCUACGACCCACUUACACCAAUUCCUCCAUUCCUGCAAUAUUAAGGCCUUUCAGACAGUCUAUUCUUCAAACCUCCAACUAUCUGACAGAGAAGGAGAUUGAAGACCUGUGCAGAUCAUGCGCCCUUAUCAACUACACAAGCACAAUUCAGCAAUCAUUCAUCAUGUUUUCCGCACAGAAGGCUUGAAAAUGUUAUGUUAUUAGUGAGAAUUGAUAAUUUAUUUUAAUUAAUUUUAAAAUGUUUAUAUUUGAA